GAAUAAAUUAGAAGCGUAAGAAGUAAAAGCGAUCCUACCUCUUUCUUAGUUCGUGAUUGCGCGGCCAAUUAGGAGUCGUCUCAGGAAUUCAUCCUCAGGAACCUGGGAUCAUGUUCAAUCAGCCCUCGGACUCCCCAUUCCGAGACUAUCAGGCAUAUGUUCAUAUCGUGAACUAUUGCGCCGCAGCCCUUGCCGCUGGAAUCUACCAAGGAAUCCCUCAGCUCUCUGUCCCUUCUCCAAAGGAAGUUGGUGAUCUGAAUCGACUCUGGCGGGAGUAUCUCCUGACGCACAAGUUAGAAGUGCUGUCGUCCUUCCGCAGAAGAAGGUCUGUAGUGAGCGAUGAUAUGCAAGGUGUCAUCAAGAAUUUACAACAGCAUACCUAUAGUCUUCGAGACCCUCGAGGCGACCCCAGCAUGCAAGGGGUAUCUGAGUACGAACUUCGCGCACUGGUCCCAGAUAUUACUUCCUCUAUUGCCUUUAUCUCAUCAAACCCUCCAUUUACACCUUUUGGUCAAGUGGAUGCCGAAGUACUGGCUUUGUGCCGAUGGUUCAAAGAUGAUUAUAUGCGAUGGGUGGAUCCUAUCAAAUGCCCCACUUGCGAUGGACCCACGUUUUCUGCUGGCACCGUUCCACCAGAUGGGACAGAACACUGGGAAGGUGCGGGUAGGGUGGAAUUGCAUGUCUGCAAGGAUAAGAAUUGCGCGGCCCAGAGAAGAUUCCCGCGGUAUGGAAAGGUCAGUACAUUGUUGAGAACUAGAGAAGGAAGAUGUGGAGAAUGGGCGCAUUUAUUUUAUGUGUUCUUGCGGGCCAAAGGCAUUGAAUCUCGUUAUGUAUGGAACAGCGAAGAUCAUGUUUGGUGCGAAUAUUGGUCUCCAGCUCUUCGACAUUGGGUUCAUGUAGAUCCAUGUGAAGGGGCCAUAAACAAGCCUCUGAUCUAUGCACUGGGAUGGGGAAAGAAGCAGGCGUUCUGUUUGGCAUUCGGUCAGUAUGGAGCCGAAGAUGUGAGUGCCGCAUAUAUUGAUGAUUUUGACGGGGAUUGUCGCCUUCGUCGCCGUGCUCGAGGCUGGAAAGAAAGAGACCUUCGACGUGCCCUCUUCGCGCAGACGGUUGCACUUCGACUAAAGAUGGAUCUGCCCCAACGCUCGCGCCUGGAAGUGAUGGAUCAAUUGCAAGCACUGUGGAUAUCAGAUAGAGAAGGUCGAAUGCGAGAGGCGGAAAAGUCAGAGCUUAUCGGGCGCAUAUCAGGUCCUGAUGAUUGGAAGAGGUUGAGAGAUGAGUUGGGCUUAAAUGCAAAGAUCAUUCAAAAGCCACAAUAUACUGUCGUCUCUAAUCUUGAAUCGGACAAUCAAGCUCUUGUCACUUUUGGAGACGCUCAUUGGGACGGAAGUACCAUUGUACUAACCACCGGUAACAGCCAGACAUCCGCGGUAUUUCAUCCUCAUCCUAUCGACCAGAGUGACACCUUUUCGUGUACCGUAACAUUUCGUCUGACAUCCCCUCCUGGAGCAGGCGAGGCGGAUGGAAUAAGUAUUAUAUUUGUGCCGAAGAAGGCCCUCGGCCUAGGGGGGUACGGAUUGGGAUAUUCGGGUUUAGGGGGUAAGGGAGAUUUUGCUGUUGAAGUUGACACGUAUCGCACACAAGAUUAUGCUGAUGAUCCGCCAACCCCUCAUAUAUCUGUUCAUUCUCCACCGGACGCCCAUCAUCGAAACUCGAUAGGUUGUACAGCCCCUGGGACCCUACCUAAACUCAGUAAUGGCAAGGAACAUAAGCUUCAAAUACUUUAUAGAGGUGAAGACAGGAGAGUGAGGGGCUAUUUGACGAUAUCAUCUGAGGGGAGUGUUAAGGAUGAGACCGAUAUUGAGGUAUUUGACAUUGUGGUCCCGUCAGGGAAUGAGCAAAAACCGUGGUUCAUUGGGGUGACAGGAUCGUGUGGUGGUUUAUGGCAGAAGCAAGAAAUAGUCGACUGGAGUCUCCAGCUUGUGGCCUUUGGUGACGGACAAACUAUAUUGCAAAAGUCAAGUGGCAAGGCAAAGGCUGGAUGCGAAAGGAACGACGAGAGAGACAAUAUCUAGUAGUGUACGAAGGCGACCUUGUCGUCAGGAGCGUUUAUCGGACUAUAUGCUGUGCAUAUUGUACCAACUAUAUGUGAUAAUAGUGUUUACAGAGAUGAGCGGAUUCUUAAUUGAUGGAUGGUAGUAAGAGAGGAACAUAUAUAGGUGAUGAGAGCCAA